AUGGGCCGACAAAGCGGAAACGCCGAGAACAAGCUGCGCGGCUACAAGGCGGCCAUCAGCAAUCCUAGGGUCUCAGAACCUGCCAAGUCGCAUGCCCAGGAAGAGAUUAGCAAGUUCGAGGGUGUGCAGAGCGAUGAGGAUCGUCAUGAGGGAAAUGUGAAGCGUGGAUUGAAGGCUGCCAUGCACAACCCCAAUAACACCGGCGCUGGUCGCAGCCAGGCGCGAGGCAAGCUCGAGUCGAUGGGCGAGGAGGUUGAGCCGGAGGAGUAG